AUGCAGGACGCGGAGGCAGAGAUGGGUCUCCUUCAGGCCUGGGGAACGGAGCCGACAAAGAUGCAAUCGGAGGCCCUGUCCAGCAAGCGUCGCGAGAUGGAGUUGGACCAGACCGGGGAGCAGGGCGGCAAAGGGGAGAAGGACAAGGAUCCUGCGAAAUGGAGGCGACCGGCCUCCAAGGGGGGAGCCCAAUCUUCCAAUGCACCUCAUCCUCGCCGGCGCUUCCAGCCGAAGCGCAGCUCGGAGAAGAGCCUGGAGGGUUUGUGCUGGAUGAUGGGCAAAAUCCUCCUGCAACACGAGGGUCAGAUGGGCAUCGAGCGGAGCGAACACAUUUUGAUCAUGUUGUUCAGUCGGGAUGGCACUGACGGCACAGUUCAUCAUACAGUCCCAGCAGAGGAGUUGGGUCUGUCUCUUCGGGCCUGUCUCUUCAGCACCCUCCUGGAAGAACUUCUACUUUCGCAGGAUGCCAGUGAUGCCCUCGUUUGUGAGGUCCGUGAUCAUUGGGAGACAUGGCCACUGGAUCUUGCCGUGCCCAGCUGCGCUUUUGCUUGCGACUUGAAUCGCUUCAGCCUGAGGGAUCACUUCCCGAUUAAAGAUGAGAGGAUUCUUCAGGAGGGCUAUGUGUACUUCUACCAGCGAUACGCAAGUGCCAUUGCAGCCUCGCGAUGGGGCAUUCGUGCCAGGCGAUGCUGA